UAUUUAUCACUCGAUUUUAUUUUUAUCAAUUAAUCACGAGCGAUGAAAGGAUAACAAUAUAAUUCAAAUACAAAAAUAUUCACUACAUAAUAUACACAAAUAUACACCAAAGUGUUACAUGAAUGUAUUGAAAUCGUAUUUAUCAAUAAUUCUACCCGAUAUCUUGUCACUUCUCGCUGAUUGUUUGGGCAAUGUGCGCUGCCGAUUAUAUCCUAGGUCGUCCGAUGAACAUGAACAGAUCAAAUGGCUAUUAAAGAGACGCAUGGACACAGGCAAAAGUUUGUGGAAGAAAUUGAUUACGAUGAAAUUGAAAAACUCGAAAUUGUUGGCAAAGGAUCAUUUGGUGUUGUUUUCCGGGGACGUUGGCGUAACAACUAUGUGGCUGUCAAGCACAUUGACUCGGAGGCUGAGCGUAAAGCCUUUACCAUUGAGGUUCGACAGUUGUCACGAGUGAACCAUCCCAAUAUAGUCAAAUUAUACGGUGCAUGUACAUCAAAUCCUGUAUGUCUUGUAAUGGAAUUUGCUGAAGGAGGAUCGUUAUAUAAUGUAUUGCAUUGUAAACCUGAACCUCAGUAUAACUUAGGACAUGCCGUCAGUUGGACAUUGCAAUGUGCAGAGGGUGUAGCGUAUCUUCAUAAUAUGAAACCCAAGCCAUUAAUCCACAGAGAUUUGAAGCCACCAAAUUUGCUUUUAGUAAAUGAAGGUAAAACAUUGAAAAUAUGUGAUUUUGGAACGGCUUGCGAUAAAAAAACAUAUAUGACUAAUAAUAAAGGUAGUGCUGCCUGGAUGGCACCUGAAGUAUUUGAAGGUUCAAAUUAUACUGAAAAGUGUGAUGUAUACAGCUGGGGUAUAAUUUUAUGGCAAGUGUUAACAAGACUGAAACCAUUCAAUGAAAUAGGAGGAUCUGCUUAUGGAAUUAUGUGGGCAGUGCAUAAGGGAACCAGACCACCAUUGUUUGAAAAAUGUCCUCGGCCGUUCCAAGAACUAAUAACAGAGUGUUGGGAUCAAAAUCCUAAUAUUAGGCCAUCAAUAGAUCAUGUUGUUCAGGUUAUGAGAAUUUUAAUAACAUUUUGUUCUGGACACGAUCAACCAUUAAUUUACCCAAAUGAUUGCUAUACUAUUAGUAGUGAAUUUGAAGAAGAGUGUUCAUCUUCUGAAGAUUCUUGCCCUGACAUUCCAGAUUCUUAUAUUGAAAGCUUAAGAAAUCAUAAAAGAAUUAAUGGGAUGUUAACAAAUGAUAGCCUAAAAUCAAAUCCAAAAUUUUCAAUUCCUCUGACUGUUAAUGUGGAAAAUAAGUUUGAACAAUGUGAUGAUUUACAAAUAUUAACCAUGCCUGGAUUUGACAAAGUUGGUGCUUAUCAAACAGUUGACUCAACUGACAAAGAAGGUGAAUCUAAUUCACAAUAUCAGAAGAAGCUAGAUGAUAUCAAUAACAUUGAAGGUGGUAUUUCAGGAACACAUCCUGAACUAGAUAACUUGUAUCUGAUGUUAGAUCAACAACUACAUCCAAUCCCACCAGAUAACACUUGUCCACAAUCAGUUCAAAUUUUUGAAGAACAUAAACAGCUUGCUCAAGAAUAUCUUAAAGUGCAAACAGAAAUAGCAUAUUUAUCAAGACAUAUGGAACAAUUAGCAGAGCGCUUAAGCCAGGAAGAAAUUUUGUGUGAUGAAGGAGUAGAAGAAGAUGAUGAAGAAAUUAAAAAACUCGAAAGUGAAAAGGAAAAUUUAACACAGAUGCAUCAGAACUUAAAAAAACAAUUAGAAAUGAUAAAAAGAAAAAACAGUAAUCAUUCAAAAGAAAAUGAUCCAUCAUCAUAAUUAUUGUGAUUAUAUAUAUAUAUUUUUUAUUCGGUUAAGCAGUACGAAGCAAGUUUUUUUUGCAUCAUAAUACAUAAGUUGACAAUGACUAUGGGUAAUGGAAUUCAAUACUUGUAAAAAAUUAAUAUUUAUAUAUUCUAUAGAUAAUAAUAAUUAAUUUAACACCUUUACAUAUAGAUACACUUUAUAGAGAGAUAAUUUUUACAAUAUAUACCAAUGGUUGUCUAUCUAAAAGACAAAAUUAUUAUUGCAUUGACUAUUUUUGAGAUCAAUAUAAUUUAUAUUUAUAUGAAAAAUAUAUUA